AUGACAUUGUCCAGCAAUGAAAAGCGCGCCCAGCGGAGACAAGACUGCCGUGAGGCUUUGGCAGCUCAUAUCUACGAACGACUGGGACUUAAAGUUCCCGCACACCAGGUCCGCCUACAGCCUUGUCCCGAAGACGGCUAUGCGUGGUCUGUCGCGGAAGGAUACGAAUAUCUGCUGGCAACAAACCUGGGCACUGGAUCCGUCGGCAAAUACAAUAGCAUCAUCAACAACCUAGGUCGCUCAAUGGAGGCCGUCGACCCGGAGACCCAGCCAGGCUGCACCAUCCAGAACUCGAAUCUGGGCAGAAAUAGUCCAGUUCUACGGGUUGAGAACGGAUCCUUCACGGCCACUAUCCGACGGCUAGACAGUAAGAACGAGGAGCUCGCCGAUGAGCUGGACCGGGCGUGGUCACGUUCCGAUGCAUUGCGGGCGAAGGUUGAGGAAUGGGAGGCGUGGGCAGAAGCCAUGGAACGGCAGCUAACAGAAAGCUAA